AUGGCCAAAUCUCGGGCGGUUUUGGAGCUCACUGCCCGUUUCGAUCUCGGCGGCGAUGAUAAGAUCCGAGCCGUAUCUCUCUCCCCGGACUCCGCUUUCCAAACCCUAGUAUACGUCGGAACCUCCUCCGGAUCCCUUAUUCUCCUCUCUAUCGACAUUUCGACUAAUAUAGUCUCGCGUCUCGGAAGUGUAUCGCUGAGCGCUUCUCCCGUUGAGUCCGUCUUUGUGCUUGGCCACGAAAGAGGGAAAGUUCUAGCUCUCUGCAAUGGCUACUUGUUCUUGGUGGAUUCGCUUCUUUCUCUACCCGCCAAGAGAUUGGGUGGUUUAUUGAAAGGGAUCAAUGUGGUUGCUAGGAGAGUGAGAGGACGCGGCUCCUCGAGUACUGAUUUGUUCCCAUCAGAGGUUUCUGCUGAUUCUAGCUCCAGCAACAAGUUCCUUCAGAUGCUUGGUGCUGGAAAUCGGGCCAGUGACAUCAAAGGUGAGGAUUCUCGAGUCCUCCAAGGUCGUUUUGUUUUUGCUGUUGCCAUUAGUGAGAGAAUGUUGCUGAUCCAACUUCACUGUGACGGCACCUUUCUUGUCUUGAAAGAGAUUCUGGGAAUCCCGAUAAUGGCUUUCAAAGUGCCUUAUGAAGAACAGAUUAAAGACCUCUUGAGGAAAAAGAGAAGCCAUCUCCCUGGUGGAGGAGCUUGA